CGCGCGCAAUCCAACAGUUGAUGUUCGCGCGUCGAAAGGAAGACACAUCCGCUAGCCGCCUAGUGCCCCUGUGUGACUUGUGAUCGAAAUACAUCGCGUGGUGAUUACUGAUCUAACUCUAACGUGAAAGCCGGUCAAAUAUUUUGAAAGGGGAGCAGUGACGAAUGUCAAGGUAGUCAACACACAAACAAAUAAACAUGGGAUUCUCGGCGAGGUUACAGUUGCUGACAUGCCUGGUGCUGUACGCAUCAAGCGCACACGCAAUCAUGGUGAAGUUCGGCACUAAAGGAGGUCCCAUCGAGCCCCCGACCCCGGAGCCCUCACCCCCUCCGCGGCCCUUCCGGGAACCCGCGCCGGUUUGGGAGGAACGCUCCAACGACACGCCCGAUCCUAAUGCUCAUUGGCGGCCCCCAUUCUUCGUGCCCCAGCCGAGAUACACCAACGUGAUCUACAACUCUCAACCGUCUCCUCAAGCACCUCAAACCAAUGCGCAACGUUUCGUCAACUCGUACAUCCCUAUCAAGCCUAUACUUGCUAGCACGAGAAGCCAAGCGACCCCGAACAUGCCAGCAUCUAUCCUUGGCUCCCAAAACCUGCCAGGAGUCGGAAUCCGCUACUUCUUCCCAGCUUACACAGUUCAAAGGAAGCAUCCAAGACCUGAUGAUGCUAAGCACAAUAUGAUUGAUAAUCAGGAUGUGGGAAAUGCUGGUGUUGUCGAUUCAGCUAGCGAUUUCCAGUGGAAAUAUGAGAAGGACUCCACGCGGCGGAACAUCAGAAAUUCUAAUGAAGGUACGGCACGAGCCCCAGCAUACCAAUGGCCUGCCUACGUCGCCCCACGGCAUCACUAACGUUACUAAGUUCUUUGCAACAUGUUCAUCAUGUCGACAAAUGAACGCCGAAGUAACUGUGAUGUUUAAAUUAAGAACUAGGUUAAGACAAAAGUGCCAGAUGUAUCUAUGUUUAUACAAUACUAAAACCUUAAAGCGUUGGCGGCUGUAAUACGAUAUGGUCAUACAGGACAAUAAGAGUAGCCGCAAACUGCAAACUUUUAGUCGGCCGAUAGUUUGUUUGGGCUCAUAAAUCAGUAUGAAGAUGAAUGGUAGGACCCACAUUACAAAGGUUAGGUAUUUAACCGAAAUAAGAAUGAUUAAAAACUUUGGUUGGAAUCAAGAUUUUUUUUUUAAAGUUGCGUACUGUCGGGUUCCCAUGUCGGCCGACUGUUUAGUCUGGAGUGUGCGGGUACUCUAAGUCUAGAUUUUCAUAUUUAUUGAUGUUAAUUGACAUUGCCAGAUAGCACGGUAUUUUUGUUGCAUGUUCCACAAAGUUUUAUGCUUGACAAAAUGAAAUAAGGAUUAUCUUAGCACGUGUGAAUAGAAUUAAUGUUAGAUUAACACUAUAGAACUGAAAAAGGGAUACCUAAAGCAAUAUUUUUAACAAGGUUUUACAAAUGAAAAUGUCGUUGUGUACAGUUUAGAGUUUACUCAAUUAUUUCGAGUAAACAUAGCUUGAACAUUAAAGAAACUUCUUUUGUUUCAUUUUGUCGAGUAAAAACUCAAAAAAUGUCGUCUAACCGCUCUAACCAGUGACUUAGUUUUUGGUAUAAAUCCUAUUUUUAGGCGCUGCUAGAUGCGUAUCACAAAAUAGUGAAGUACACAAAGGCGUGUCCGAUUUUUUUAUUAUUUUUUUUGUGGUGACCUUACAUUGUAGGAAUAGGUAUUUUUUAGUAAUGUUCUUGUUUUGUGUUAAUUGUUUCUUUUUGUACAUUGUAUUCAGACAGUUCCUAAAACAAAUGAAGUCCUUAAUGAAGUUUGUUAGGAACGAAUUCAAAUUUCUACGCAAUACUUUGCCCUUCACGGCUUCGUCACCGCCAUAGACAUCAAGAAAACCGUAUUCAGUUCCUGUAAAUAAAAAGUUUUGUUGGCUGCCAAGGUCAUAUAUUGUAAAUAAUUUAAACGAUAUACAUCUAAGAAUAAUAUUGCCAUUACGUAAUUUGUAUUGUUCUUGCUUACUUUAUUUGGUCGUUUGGUGCAAGAGUAACAUUUUGUCAUCUAACGACUGGAAGAGCGUUGAAAAUAAAUACAAAAUUAGUUUUUAAAAUACCGACGUGACCAUUAAGUCCAGAGAGUGUGACGGAAGUUCUUUGUUCAUCGUGGUGAAUCUCUAUUGCAGUCUAUUGCUGUAUAGAGAUGUAAUUGUUCGGUAAUCUUCUUUCGAACUUUCUAAGUUUUAAUUCAAUCUUAAGUAAUUCCCAUCUAAUGAUUUUUUAUUCCAAUCUCGCAUAGUUCAUUAUUGUUAUACAUUUAAACCUAUUUUAUGUAAUGAAAGUAGCUUUCGUUUCGAUUUGUUAUUUCCUUUUAACGAUUUUAGUUGACUACUGUAAUGUGUUUGAUUACUAUAUGUAUAACUUAGCUGUAAUUAUGCUUGUAAAUAUGUAAAAUAAAUAAAUAUAUAAAUUUUUGA